AUGAAACCACAGGGGUGUGAAGGCAGCAGGUCAGGAGUUCAGGAGGACGCAGCCAUGGAAGGCGUUCAACGGAAAAGCUACGUCGGGAAGAUCCUGGACACAAGUGACGGUGCAUGUGAAGAGUUAAGACGAGAAAGAAAGCUCCUGUGGAAGAGAAGCACCCAGCCCACGGCAAUGCUUUCAGGCUCUGGAAAGGGUGGAGGCCCGGUGGAGAGCGCUGAGUUGUGGGAAUCACGGGCUGUCCUUGUCGUCAAAGGAAAGAAGACCUACAAAGACAUAACAACGCGAAUGCCCCUGGCAACGUCUAACCCCGAGUGGAAAGUGGGAAAGCCGAGAACCCCUGGAGAGAAACGGGAGUGGGGACGCAGGGCCUGGGAUUCCCUCCCCGCUAGCAGCAGUGACGUCACAGGCGAGCUCCUCCGCGGCGCUGGGCUGGAGCGGGGGAGGCGUCCCUGGGAAUUUCCAGGGAAACACUGCAGCAGAUGGCCUGCCUGGCUGAGCUUCAGUGACACAUCUGCAGCACGGCUGGGACAUCAUGUGAAGGAUCCCAAGCCACGAACCAACGCUACACCCUACGUGCCUCCCUCCCCCCAACGUUUGCUUUCUGCCAGUUACAUUAUGCAGGCUGUCAAGGUGGCCCGUGGAAUACAAGGGCAAAUGUUGCUAAGGAAAGUCAUACUACUUUUCACCAAGGCGAUGGAGCAGAAGAAUGGAAUUUGGAAGCCUACCACUGUGGUGAUCACCCUUACAGACGUAGUGUUGAACACAAUUCUGAUUGAGAAAGCCAUUCCUAAAAACAAAAAAAGUAUGUUUGCUAGGAUGAAAUAUUUCUAUUUCUAAGUGAAGGACUUUGGAUGAAUUGUAAGAUUUUCAUGCAUUAGUACGUGAAAAAAUAUGUUCAAAAUGAUUAAA